AUGGCAACGGGCGUCUCGGUCCAUGGCCAAUGCCGCGAGGACCAAGAGGCUGCGUUGCUCGGGCUCAAGAGUGAGUGGAAAUUCGACCCUUCUUAUUCGAAGAAAAUGGUGCAUUGGAAUCAAAGCCAUGAGUGUUGCAGCUGGGCUGGUGUGCGAUGUAUUGAUGGUUAUGUAAUCUGGUUGGAUCUUUCAAAUGAGUCCAUUUCAGGUGAUAUUAGUACCUCUUCAAAUCUUUUCAGUUUGAGACAUCUGACAAUGUUAGAUUUGAAUUCUAAUUCAUUGGGUGGCAUGAUUCCCCACCAAUUGUUUGCCCUUCACCAGCUUAUGUACCUCUCACUCUCAAACAACUUGUUCAACAACAUUUCUCAACCCGAAAGCGAGGAAUCCCUUCCCCCUUCUCCACCCGAAAGCGAAGAAUACAGCAUAGAAUUCCUUGGCCACUUCUUAGAUCUUGCUAACAACAAUCUAACCGGAGAUAUUCCAAUCAUCUUCUGCAGUUACCCAACCUUCACCGUUGGCCUCGACUUGUCCUUCAAUAACUUCAUCGGUAGCAUACCUCCCUGCCUCCUGCAAAACCUCAAAGUGCUCAACUUGAGGGGGAAUAGAAUCAACGGCAGCAUCCCAGAUCAGUUUCAGAGUUGUUUUCUUUCCUCGUUAGACCUCAGCAACAACGACUUGGGCGGGGAGAUUCCAAAGUCCAUUGCAAGGUGUGCCUCCUUGCGCGUCUUGAAUGUCGGAUACAACAACUUCGAUGAUGUCUUCCCAUGCAUGCUGCCUCCAAGCUUGUCGGUUCUCGUGUUGCGUUUCAACAGAUUCCAUGGCGAGGUCAGGUGUAGUACCAGCUGGCCAAAUCUUCAAAUUGUCGAUAUUUCUUUCAAUGAUUUCAGUGGAAGCCUCGGUUCGUUAAGAUUCUCAGGUUGGAAAGAAAUGAUACUAGACUCGAAUGUGACACAUCAUCGGAAACUGGGCUGCCAACCGGAACCUGGGCUGCCAACCGGAAACUGGGCUGCCAACCGGAAACUGGGCUGCCAACCAGAAACUGGCAUAAGCGCAACUGGAACCACUGGGCUGCCAACAGGAAACAGGCGUAAAAAAACAAUUAUUAAUGUUGGUUCUCCAUUGGAUUACUACCAUGAUGAGGUGACAUUAACCAUGAAGGGGAUUGAGCUUCAGCUUGUCAAGAUAACUCCGGAGUAUACCUGCAUUGAUUUCUCCUCCAACAGCUUCAACGGAGGCAUACCAGAUGCAAUCGGUGAUCUAAGCUCACUCUUUCUCCUCAACUUAUCCCACAAUGCUCUCACUGGCGCAAUCCCAAGAUCGCUAGCUGCCCUGAGGCUUCUCGAAGCGCUCGACCUCUCUGUCAACCAGCUCAGAGGACGAAUACCAGAGGAGCUUGCGCACCUCACAUUCCUUUCAUUCUUGAAUGUGUCUAACAACGUGCUUGUCGGAGGUAUUCCAAAUGGCCCUCAAUUCCAAACAUUUUCUCCGAAUUCCUUUGAAGGGAACAAAGGGUUAUGCGGCUUCCCACUCAGAAACUGCAACGGGCCGCCUGGGGCUGGUAUCACGCCAUCAAAAUCGAAACACAAGGAGAUAGAAUGGGAAUUUGUGUUUGCUGCUCUUGGUUAUGUUGUGGGAUUAGGAAGCAUUUUCUGGGCACUUUUAUGUUGCAGAAGCUUUAGGGAGCCAUACUUUGAGAAGAUAGAAGAGGUUGCUGAGGAGAUAUUGAACCGAAGAGCCGAGAAAAGAAGAGAAGAAAAUAGAAGAAGAAGAUUAGAGAUGAGGAAUGAAUUUAGGAGACAACAAAGAAGUUGGUGA